AAGUAACUCACUUCGCUGUAAUACUCUUAAAAUGAUUCGCCAACUUCUCGAUUAGUCAACAACAUCUGUCACUACAGUUCACGAGAAUGGUAAGAAGCGUAUCCUAAACACAACACAAUGAUGAUAUAUGAAAGUCGAUGUUAAUGACUACCUGGUAUAUUAAAAUAUGGGGUAUACCAAAAUAUGGUGAUAAAUAAUAUGACAGUAGUUAACUUCAGUAUAGAGUAUAGAUGCUUAACUAAUAAUAAUUCAUAAAUAUUUAAAUAUCCAUAUUAUUAAAUUAUUCAAAGUUAACCAAAUUUCUAUAGUGCAUUAACAGCAGUUGUUCUCGGCGCAUGGGUCGCGACCACAAAGUUCACUGUGGUUGCAUGAGAAGUGACAGGGAUCUUUUGAAAAUAACAGAAAUUUUUUAUCUGUAAUAUACCACUUCAGACUUCAGUGUGGUUAUAAAGUUUUCUAUUUGAAAAAUUAUUAAAUUAUUUAAAUUUUCCAUUUACUCCUCUAUAAUUAAUGAAUUAAUGUCAUCUAUCUAGGGCCGUUGUUUUUACCAACUAAUUAUGAAAUAUGCUAUGACUUGAUAAGUCGAAGCUUAAACUUUGGGCUUUGAAAUUCUGUGAUUUUUAUAAUUUAACAGUUUUGAUCUAGCAGCAAUUGCUGCACUGUAGGCCUAUACUAAACUAUAGCUGGUGUCAUUAGAGAUAUUAUUUAGUCAUUAGGUCAGUACUCUAUUGUAGUCGGUGGCAUCGACAUCCCCACGAUUUAUAAUAGUGUCAUCUCUUCUCCCUACGAUUAAAGGCUGACGGAUUCUGCUGUCAGUGAUGAUGCAUGUGGCUUGGUAUCAGAUUUCAGUCAAGCAUCAACAGCUGUUUUUGUCUGUGUACUCAGUAUCUGGGUCAAGACAGGGCCAUCAAGACUGAGCUGCUCCCCAUCGCGACCGCUCAGAAGCAAAAAUCUGCAAAUAACACUACAUCCAUUACUCUCUCAGGUGUGCGUAUUGAGUUAGCUCAAACAGUGCGGUACCUGGGUGUCUACCUAGAUGGAAGACUAACUUUUGAAAGUCAUAUUAACAUGCUAUGCAAGGCGAUUUUUCUAGAGCUGCGCAGGAUUAGUCACAUCAGGCCCUUCCUAACAAUUGAUACAACAAAGAGGCUGAUGUCUGCAUUUGUGCUAUCACGCAUGGACUAUUGCAAUGCUCUUAUGGUGGGUCUUCCAGCUACGCUCCUGGGUAAAAUUCAAAUAGCACAGAAUAAUGCGGCUCGCAUUGUUCUCCGCAAACGCAAGUUUGACCAUGCAAAAACCCUUCUGAGAGAGUUGCAUUGGCUGCCGUUGCGUGCUCGCAUAGAGUACAAAAUCGCAACUUUGUGCUACCGCUGCUUACAUGACCUGGCGCCGUCCUAUCUGAAAGAGCUGCUGACGUCUUAUGUACCCAGUAGAGAGCUCCGCUCAUCCGAUAGUGGCAAACUCUCGACACCACGUGUUUGCCUUGAGACUUACGGAAAGCGCACUUUCGCAUUUGCUGGUCCAACAAUUUGGAACGCCCUUCCUGUCGAUCUUAGAAACAACCAGACACUGGAGUCCUUUAAAACCGAUCUAAAGACACAUCUAUUUCGCAAAUACCUUCUGGGAUGAUUGUCUACCUUAUUUUCCAUGUGUUGCUGUGUUGCUCCGGGUUGAAAUGGCUAGAAAGACUUUGAUAUUGUAUGCUUGUAAUUAGUUUUUGUAGUGUUGCGUUUGUUUUAAAUGUGGUGAAUUAUAGAUAUUUUUUGUUGACUUUGUACCGCGCUUCGAGCCUUUGGGGAUGAAGCGUGUUUUUGAAAUGAACUUUAUUAUUAUUAUUAUUAUUAUCUUUACAGCAUUGGGGGCCCUGGGCCAAGUAAUGCACUCAGGCCCCCUAUCUCUCUAUAUACCUAUGGCCGUUCGAAGGAGGGGGCGAGAGGGCCAAUAACCCCUGGUGCCAAAAUCAGAGGGCACCAAAGUUGUCUUAAGAUAGGCCCUUAAUAGUGAAUUAAACUAUAAAAUCCCAUGUACUUCACAUUGACAGGGGUGCGUUUUGCCCAGAUUCUUUCGGUGAAGUGGGGAUAACAUUUCAGGUUUUUGAGGUGGGAGCAUUUCAAUGUCCACCAUAUAUAACCAUAAAUUCAUUCUGGUAGUUGAGCCCCCUGAGGGUAUAAUUUUAGCCCCAGCUUCGUUUUGCCCCUGAAAUCUAUAUAGUCCUAACUAUACAGAACUUAAGGUAAAUGAUAAUUUUGUCAGUUCAAAAAAGUAAUUGCUAUUAUUUACAUCCAGUGCUAUUUUUUAGCAAACAAAACUGGUGGUAAGGUUUGGAGAGGGGUCUUAGUAAGCUCCUCCCCAAAAUAUUUUGGAUAAAUUCAAAAUGAUGGGAUUCAUUUUGGCACAUGUAUAAAUUAAAUAUUGCAUCAUUCUACACUUAACCGACUAGCAACAGAAAAAAUGCUAGUUGAAAUUUAGGUUUCCUUGACCAUGCAUGGGUUAUAUAAUUCCUUUCAUUUUUAGUUGUAUCUAAAGAGUAAUGGUGUUUCAUAAUUUUAUUUUGAAACUAUUAUUUGUUUUAAACUAUUUCAUCAAUGAAUUAAUUUUUUUUUUAAACAUCGAAACAGUUGUUCAUUAGAAAAAUCACAAGAAACAAAUUAUUAAUAUAAUAAUUACCAUUUUGUUUUUAUUUAAUGCUUACAUUCUUCCAUAAUUUAUAAUGAACUAUAUAUAGUUGUUUUUUUUAAAUUGUAUCUAAAUGGUAUAAAAAAGAAGAAAAGAAUUAUUUACAAAAGACAUAUGAUGUAUAAUUUAUCUGUGUGAAGAUGAAGCAGCAUGAAUUUCCAAACAAAUGCAGUAACUUAUAAGGUUUAUAUGGAAUUUCUGUUAUUAAUUUCUUCAUUUACAUGACUAAAUGAUGAACUUAUGGCGCCUCUUCUAAGACUCAAUGAUUUACUCCUCUCCACCACACACAAAAAUCCCUGGAUUUUUUUUCAAAGGGACAAUUUAUCAAAAGAAAGUUUUUCUAAAACAAAUACCAAAAAAUUAAAUUGAUGUGAUAGACAAACGGCCCCGAGGCCCUGGGCAAGUGCCCAUGCCUUAAGCUGGCACUGGGUCAAGGUAAAGCUACCACUAAGUACACUAGCACUACCGGUAACUCAACAUUGCUCCGCAUUCAAUGUACAAAAUUCUAUCAAAGCUAGCACUGACCUGUGGAUAAGUCAACUCUGCAUCUUUAAAUGAAGUGCAGGCCUACUAAUGAAAUUUCUCAACUUAUAGACGAGUUUAUUUAUUUAUUUAGGCAUUUUUAUAUGGCGCUUAUCAUAAAGCUCUAAGCGCUUUACAAUUAUUAAAACAUGUAAACUAAGUAAAUACAAAUGAGACACUAGGAUAGUAACUACUAUUCUAUAGAAACAAUGAAAAUGGCUAUAAAAAGGGGACACUUUGACACUUCUGGAUUAAACCGAAACAGAAAAUUAGGUAGGGCAAGGAGGGUGCAUCACAGGUCAUAGGCGGACCUAAACAGAUGAGUUUUAAGGGACUUUUUGAAAAUGGACGAGGUUUCACUAUGACGUAUAUGGAACGUGGGCCCAUGGAAGCAGAAGGAGCGUUCACCGAUGGUCUUAGUUUUAGUUCUUGGGAUUGAGAGGGUUCUACUGUCAAUGGAAGAACGUAGUUGUCUUGUGGGGAUGUAAGGAAGCAACAGUUCAUAUGGUAAAUUCAAAAUCAUGGUCAUUUUGCUGUGUACUUCUAUUAUACCGGUACUUAACUAAAAUCUAUGAAUAAUAUGAUUUAUUCAGCAUAUUAUUUUAACAUAUUAUUACAGUUUCUUUUCUUCUUUUUUUUUUUAAAUUUCUUUUUUUUAAAUAAGUCACAUUUUAUAUAAAUAUAAUCAAUAAUGUUAAUUAUUUUUUGUAUUUUUAUUUGACUAUGUUUUUGGUUUUAUUUAUUUGAAAACAGUUCACACUGCAAUAAGGUUGUUUUUUUGUUUUUUUUUUAAGAAAUAUUUAUUAUUCAAUUACUGGAAAUAACUGCCCCCCUUAACAGUUCACACCUGCUUCUUAAUUUGUAGGAAUUAUACUGGUUGUGGGUUGCAGUAACGUGUAAAAUAUUAUCAAUGGAUCACAAUGGUUAAAAGGUUGAGAACCGCUAUUUUAAAGCCUAUUCCAGAGGUCCCCAAACUUUUUUUGAGUCACAGCGCACUCCAGAGGCACCCUAUGUCAAAUAUUAAUCAGUUCACUCCCAAGUAGCAAACAAAAAUUGUUUAUUUGCACUCUCACUGUUUAGAAAAACCUAUUCAUUUUUUAAACUACAAUUGACAAGAAAAGCUUCAAUAACGUAAAUUGACUUAAUAACAACAAUAUAUUCAGUUGAUUCAAUCCAAUACCUAGAAAUUAUUCAACAUAGUAUUACUACGUGAAACUGAAUGUUUAUUAUAUAGGAACACAAAGUAUCAAGUAAGUUGGAGAAACUACUAAAACAGUGUAUAAACUUAAUUAUUGUAGAUUGCCAUCUAGUGGCUAUUUGUAAAGUCUUCUGCAAACAGUUAUUACUGUAAUUUCUAAGUGGGCAAAUUUUUUAACAUUUCACGGUGCCCCUCAGAGGAAGCCCCAGGGCUCCAUCGCACACAGUUUUGGAACCUCUGAUCAAAGCCUAUCACAUACCAUCGCAUUAGAUAGGAUUAUGGCAUACCGAUCUAAAACAAUUUAAAUUUUAUAAAAUUACUGGCAUACACACUUGAAAGUACACAAAUUUAAAUACAAAUUAUGUAAGUUAUCCAACAUUAACAAUUAUAAGUUAUCCAACAUUAACAAUAAUGCCUUUAUUGUAAAAAAAAAAAAAUAUUUGUAUGGGACCUUUUGUGCCAAGUUUAAAUUUAAAUAUUAUUUUGUAUGAUUUUAGUCACAAGAAGUUGAUGAAACCAUCAGAAGAAUCCAGACGCACAAAGGAGUAAUGGGAGUUAUCAUUGUAAAUAACAAUGGUAAGUAGUAAUAGUUGAGAAAACAGCAACAAUUUUCUUUAUUGUUUAAAAUAUUUUUUUUUUCAAUUAUCUUUUACUACUUGAAGUUAACAUUUGUAAUUUUCUAAAAACGUAUUAAUUAAUGUAUUGCCAUUUACUUCAAUUAUUUACUUAGUCUAAAUGUCUAUACAAGUUCAGAAAAAAGUCUAAAUGUCUAUACAAGGUCAGAAAAAGAAUGUUAGAGGUUUGGAUGUUGUUGUUUUUUGUUUUUUUUAUACAAAAGUUUAUCUGCUUCUUAGAUAAAAGAACUCCCAAACUUACAAUUAUUACAAAUUAAUUUCUGACUUAUUAUGUCAAUAUUUCCCCAGGUGUGCCUAUAAGAUCAACACUUGAUAACACAACAACAAUUCACUAUGCAAGUCAAAUUCAUGGUCUGGCUGCAAAGGCCAGGUCUGUUAUUAAAGAAAUUGACUCUACCAAUGAUCUCAGGUUUCUCAGAGUGAAAUCUAAAAAACAUGAAAUACUUGUUGCUCCAGGUAUAUAACAUAGUCAGAUUUGAGAAAAGUUUUUAUUUACACUACAAGAGAUUUUAGUUUUUAAAUAAAACAAACUGCCACUUAAUACUUUAUGGUUUCAAAUCUUAUGAUUUAUGUUAAGAAAUGGAACCUGAAUUUUUUUAAAACAUUUUAAUAAGAAAAAAUGUAUAGUUUUAAAUAGUAAUUUUUUAAGCUUGACUUAUCUAAGUCCCAACUUUACCCUCUGUUAUAUCAGGGGUCUCCAAACUUUUCAUCCCGAGGGCCGCAUUGACUGUCAAACAGCAGUUCGGGGGCCAACUAUGCACCCGAAGUUCAAAUAAAAAGAUUAUUUAUUUAAUAUUUAUUUGAUUCAGUUAUUAUCACAUGGAUAAACUACACAUGAACACCUGUAUUAGUGGGAAUGGUGAAAUUGUUUCUUGUUCCAAAGAUUGAAAGGUCUCUUGAUGCAAAAGAUUUGACAUUGGGAAAGUCUUCCUUGGGCAAAAACUGGUAAAAACCCACCAGUCCUUCUUUGAACUUGUCCCUGUGGAGGUCAUAUCCUUGCAACUCAAUGACCCCCAGCUGCAGUUCAUCUGGGCAACUGGCCACAUCUGCUUCAAAUUGGUUUUGAAACAGUCUCACUUCUUCUGCUUUUGAAUCCAAGUCAUAAAACUGCUGCUGAAACUGCAGCUGGAGAUCUUUGAUGAUCUCACAUGCAAAUGACGUGGGGAACUACGCUGUUGCUUCAGCCAUGAAAUCCUUACACUGCUGAAAGUGCGUCAAGUCGUUUGCUUUACUUGUUCCAAAAACAUGACGAGUUUGAAUAUGAAGGCCUUUGGCUGGGUGUAAAGAUCAUAAACUAGAUGUUCCUCUCCUUGUAGUUUUAGUUUCAGAAAAUUUAAAUGUCUAGUUAUGUCUGCAGCAAAGGCCAAUUUCCAUACCCACUCUUCAUCAGACAGUAAUGGCUGUGGCUUGCCUUUACUUUCCAGGGAGUCACCUAUUUCCUUUCUUAACUUAAAUACUAUGCUGAGAACUUCCUUACCACUUAGCCAUCUUACUGCUGUGUAAUAUGGUAAAUCUUGCGAUUCAGUGACUGUAUCUUUCAACAGGUCUCUGAACUGUCUAAGGUUGCGCCUAUGUGACCUUUUUAAUUUCACCAGCUUCACCACAGGAUUCAGUACACUGCUAAUGUCCACAUAUUUAGCACACAAAGCUUGUUGGUGAAUAAUACAGUGCAGGAACAUUGGUUGUAGAAUGUUUUUCUCAUUACACAUCUGCUUCACUUAUCUAACCAAGUCAGGCAACUGUGGUUAUUCCAUCCAAGUUAUAAUCAGCAAAAGUUUUUUUUCUACUCAUUGAAUAUAUCAUCUCUGGUAACAGUUCCGUAAAUGCUAUGUAGGGAAGCCAGCUCUUGUGUUAUGUUCAUGUCUUUAUCCACACCACUAAUGAACACAAGCAGCUAAGAAGUGGAACAGCUGUCCAGCGAUUCAUCCAUUGCAAUUCAAAAAUGGCGAAACUUGCUUAAAUUUUUCGCUAUUUGAGUCACAAUGUUUUCACCCAUGUCUGCAAUACGGCGAGCAAUAGUAUUUGCACCCAAAGCUACAUUUUCAAAUUGUUUUGACUUUUCUGGGCAAAGUUCCUCAGCACCACCAACAAAAAUUUCUUCACCAUCUGUAAACAGUUUGCCACUUUUAGCUAGGACGUAGGCAAACUUAUAACUGACCUUAGUUAACUCUUAGAGUCCGUAGGUCAAAUCCACAUGCAGUCAUUUUGUUGUGAUAAAAUUUGAUCCUAGGUGACCAAAGACAAAUUUUCAUAACUUAUCUAGUUUUAUGCUAUUAUAAAAUGUAAUAUACCAAAAUGUACAGAGCUGAAUGGGCUGUGUGAAAAUUAUAAUAGCUGUACUUGAAUGACAAACAUUAAAGCAUGACAGAGCAAAACUUAAUGGUUCAUAAAAAUAUGUAUUUAAAAGUUUUAAAGAAAAAUUGCAUCAAAAGCAUAAAAACAAAUGACCGCUUGUUCAAGUGAAAUUUAGCUCGUUUAGCCUUAAAAUAAAUGAACUUGUGCAUAACAUAUGUAAAUUUGAUCAAUAUUGGAUGAAAAAAUGCAUUAUUUGGGGCAAUUUGAAAUCUACAGGUCACAUACAGAAAAAUAAUUAAGCAGCAAAUAAGGUUUUGCAAUGUAGUGAUCGGUUGGAAAACAUAGCGCACUACAAUGCGCCUCCAUUUUAAUUCAAUAAAAACAUAACAUCCACGUAAGCGGCAGAUGAUCUUGGCAGGAUACACAUAAAUUUCUGUAAUUUUUUUCCGUAGACAAAAAGGUCUCCACGGGACGGAUGAGAGGGCCCCGAGGGCCGCCUGCGGGCUGUAGUUUGGAGACCCUGUGUUAUAUAAUCACUCAUUUUUAUUAUUUAAAAAUAAUUUUUAAUCUUGACUUUAGAAUGAUCAUGUGAUAAAGUUAUGGACUUAUUCCUUCAUGUUUCAUACAUUUCAGAGCAAGAUUACUCUAUGAUUGUGAUCCAAAAAGAUGUGUAUUGAUGAAUUUAACACUUAAACUUAGCAAUAAUUUGAAUAUUAUGUGCAAACUUGCAACACUUGCCAUCAUUGCUUAUGCCUAAUAGAUCGAUUGGGCUUCAAAUUGGUUGUGGACACUUAAGUUUCUCAAGUUUAUUAUUUGCUUCAAGGUGUUUCAGGAAGAAAUACUACAUAAUUGAGUUCAAUUGGCAUGGCUCAAUUGAGUUCAAUUGGCAUGGCUCCAGUAAAGAUAAUAUUACAUCUACUCUGUUUAAAGAAAUAUACAAAUUUAGAUGGCAUUGCUUUAAGAAUUGAUUUGCAUUUUCAAAAAUAUAUUUCAUGUAUGGUGAACACAUUUUAUAAAGUACCAUAUAAAAAAAAAUUUUGUUUAAAAAAAGUUCAAGUUGUGAAUUAAGAAUCAGGAUUAUCUGUACUGUAGUUGUUUUGUUUUUUCCCAUGAAUAAUUUGAUGCAAUUUUUUUCUAAAUGAUUUUUUGUCAACAAUGGCACCUCCCCCAUUGAUUUUAUUUGGUCUGUGAUAUUCACAGUGUUGUUUUGUGUUCAAAUAGUGCAUUCCUUUGGAGAUUACUGUUUCCUUGUUUCCAAUGAAUUAUUUAUUUGUGCUUUAAGGCUUUAAUGUAGCCAGAGAAGUUAAACUUGUGUUUAAUAUUACAUAAUAGUCCUUAUAAAUUUCUUCUUCGUUUUUUGUUACCAUUAUAUUUGAAAGAGCUGAUAAAAAGCAUAAUGAACUCAAUUAUUAAUGUGCAUUUUGUUAAAAAUUUUCGCAGAUACUAAAUAUAGUUUAGAGUUAUUUCACAUUUUAAUGUUAGGUCAAGAAGAUGCCUAUGAUGGGAAAUAUUUUAAAUUCUGACUUUCAAAAUGUCAUAUGAGGAAUUUGUUUUUAUAUUCAUCAGUUUAAAUAAUUAGCUUCUAUAAACACUUUUUGAGACUAAUAAUUUCUUUUUAGGAUAUACCCAAAACUAAAAGCUGUUUCUCUCUCUUUUUUUUUGUAAUGGGUCCACUCUUAACAGUUUUUGAAAAUCUAAAAUAUAAAAGGAGUAAUUUAAAUUUGCAAUAUCAUUGUUGAACAAAAACUUCAUUAAUUUGUUUGCGUUUUACACAUUACAAGUAGAUAUAUGCCAUGUUAUUCAGAGCAUUAAAAAUAUAUUUUUUUUUUAUAAAUUUACCCGCUUUCACUAAUUUAUGGGAGUGCAAUCUUCAAUAAUCUAUGGAUGUGCUAUUUAAAUGUCCAAUCUACAUGAAGGAUUGCUCAAGAUAUUGUAGAUUUUCAUUUAUAUUUAUACUAUUUUCUUUUUUUCAGAUGCCAGUCAAUGAAAAUAUUAAUUGAUAUAAUAAUAUGUGCUAGAUAUAUUAUAAUACUAAAAAUGCUGGUCUUUAUUGAUAUGUAUGGUUUAUUUUUGCAUUGAAACAGUUUUUUUUUUUUUUUAAACCAGUGUCUAAUAUAUGAAGGGCAUCGUCUCUUAUUGAACUUAACUUCUUAUCUUAUGUAAAUGUUAUUAUUGUUAAAAAAAAAAGACUUCCAUACAUAGCAUUGUUAAUGAUUAGCUUUUGACAUUAGCAGUGUACAUUCCAUAUCAGUGUUAUCAUACAGAAAUUCUGACUUCUAAAUUUCCCAUUUAAAUAUUUUUGUAGAUAAAUGCAGUUUAAUAUUUCGUCUAACUUAGCCAUGUAACAUAAAUCCUCUAUUGCUAUAAUUUUUGAAGAUGGAAAUCAUAUUUGUUGCAAGAUUGCAAUUUUUCUGUUUAUAAGGUCUGUAUUAAAAUUUGUAAGUUCAAACUACAUUAUUUUAUAGUUGAGAGCAGAUAAACUCUCACCCUUUUAUAUGUUAUUUACCAAUGCAAUAAUAUUGACUGUGUUCAAAUUAACAAGAGAAUUAUUCAUUAUAAAUUAUAUAAAAUGUAUUGCCUUUUCCCAAAAUCGCAAGAAUCAUUGUUUCUGGAAUGUUAUACACAUAAAUUAACAUAUACAUAAAAUAACAUAUACACCCCUCUAAAUUGUUUUAGUUAUUGUGCUCCUUUAUCUUCUCUACCUAGGUGUAUUUUUGGAUUUUUGAGAUAGGCAGACCAAGACUUUUCUGUCUCAAAUGCUAAAAUUCAUUAGUUGUUUAUUGUAGUAUGUGAAAUGAGAAACAAUGAAAGAAAUUUCAAGGAUUUUUUAAAUGGUUUUCUUUUAUAUUAAAAUUCAAAGUGUUCAGUUUGUGUGUUUCUAUACUUAUAAGAGCAGAUAGUUUAUUUAAAACUGAGGCUGCAGAUUUUAGACAAGAUUUUCUUCCGAUUCUUUUGUCAUGUAUAGCAAGCAUUCCUUUGUCUACAUUUGCACGUAUUAUCUAUUAAAUCUACAUUAUUUUUAGGCAUGGUCAUAUUAUUAAGGUGGGUAGAAUUUUAUAUUUCUUAAUGAUAAUAAAGUUGAAGUGUGCUUGUUAUAUUUAAAUGAGUUUGUUAGUUGUUUUCUGUUGCUGGUAGGACAAGGUCAGAC